CAGGAAACAAGCCCUCACUGAACCAACUCCGGAUGCUGGCACCCAGAAGAGCACCCUCCAUGCCCAGAUGCCUGCGUAGUUUUUGUGACCAGUCCACUCCUCCCUUGCCCUGGGGCAGUAGCGGGGGAGCGAUGGAGAACUGGACCAGCAGGCCCUGGCUGUAUCUGCUGCUGCUUCUGUCCCUCCCUCAGCUCUGCCUGGAUCAGGAGGUGUUGUCCGGACACUCUCUUCAGACACCUACAGAGGAGGGCCAGGGCCCCGAAGGUGUCUGGGGACCUUGGGUCCAGUGGGACUCUUGCUCCCAACCCUGCGGGGUGGGGGUGCAGCGCAGGAGCCGGACAUGUCACCUCCCUACAGCGCAGCUCCGCCCGAGUCUGCCCCUCCCUCCCCGGCCCCCAAGACAUCCAGAAGCCCUCCCCUUGUACAGGACACAGUCUCAGGGAAGGGGUGGCCCACUUCGAGGUCCCGCUUCCCACCUAGGGAGAGAGGAGACCCAGGAGAUUCGAGCAGCCAGGAGGUCCCGGCUUCGAGAUCCCAUCAAGCCAGGAAUGUUCGGUUAUGGGAGAGUGCCCUUUGCAUUGCCACUGCACAGGAACCGCAGGCACCCUCGGAGGCCACCCAGAUCUGAGCUGUCCCUGAUCUCUUCUAGAGGGGAAGAGCCCAUUCCAUCCCCUACUCCAAGAGCAGAGUCAUUCUCCGCAAACGGCAGCCCCCAAACUGAGCUCCCUCCCACAGAACUGUCUGUCCACACCCCAUCCCCCGCAGCAGAACCUCUAAGCCCUGAAACUGCUCAGACAGAGGUGGCCCCCAGAACCAGGCCUGCCCCCCCACGGCACCACCCCAGAGCCCAGGCCUCUGGCACAGAGCCCCCCUUACCCACACACUCCUUAGAAGAAGGUGGCUUCUUCCGUGCAUCCCCUCAGCCACAAAGGCCAAGUUCCCAGGGUUGGGCCAGUCCCCAGGUAGCAGAGAGACGCCCUGAUCCUUUUCCUUCGGUCCUUCGGGGCCGAAGCCAGCAGGGCCAGGGGCCUUGGGGAAUUGGGGGGACUCCUCACGGGCCCCGCCUGGAGCCUGACCCUCAGCACCCGGGCGCCUGGCUGCCCCUGCUGAGCAACGGCCCCCAUGCCAGCUCCCUCUGGAGCCUCUUUGCUCCCAGUAGCCCUAUCCCAAGAUGUUCUGGGGAGAGUGAGCAGCUAAGAGCCUGCAGCCAAGCGCCCUGCCCCCCCGAGCAGCCAGACCCCCGGGCCCUGCAGUGCGCGGCCUUUAACUCCCAGGAAUUCAUGGGCCAGCUGUACCAGUGGGAGCCCUUCACUGAAGUCCAGGGCUCCCAGCGCUGUGAACUGAACUGCCGGCCCCGUGGCUUCCGCUUCUAUGUCCGUCACACCGAAAAGGUCCAGGAUGGGACCCUGUGUCAGCCUGGAGCCCCUGACAUCUGUGUGGCUGGACGCUGUCUGAGCCCCGGCUGUGAUGGGAUCCUUGGCUCUGGCAGGCGUCCUGAUGGCUGUGGAGUCUGUGGGGGUGAUGAUUCUACCUGUCGCCUUGUUUCGGGGAACCUCACUGACCGAGGGGGCCCCCUGGGCUAUCAGAAGAUCUUGUGGAUUCCAGCAGGAGCCUCGCGGCUCCAGAUUGCCCAGCUCCGGCCUAGCUCCAACUACCUGGCACUUCGUGGCCCUGGGGGCCGGUCCAUCAUCAAUGGGAACUGGGCUGUGGAUCCCCCUGGGUCCUACAGGGCCGGCGGGACCGUCUUUCGAUAUAACCGUCCUCCCAGGGAGGAGGGCAAAGGGGAGAGUCUGUCGGCUGAAGGCCCCACCACCCAGCCUGUGGAUGUCUAUAUGAUCUUUCAGGAGGAAAACCCAGGCGUUUUUUAUCAGUAUGUCAUCUCUUCACCUCCUCCAAUCCUUGAGAACCCCACCCCAGAGCCCCCUGUCCCCCAGCUUCAGCCGGAGAUUCUGAGGGUGGAGCCCCCACUCGCUCCGGUGCCCCGCCCAGCCCGGACCCCAGGCAUCCUCCAGCGUCAGGUGCGGAUCCCCCAGAUACCCGCCCCGCCCCAUCCCAGGACACCCCUGGGGUCUCCAGCUGCGUACUGGAAACGAGUGGGACACUCUGCAUGCUCAGCGUCCUGCGGGAAAGGUGUCUGGCGCCCCAUUUUCCUCUGCAUCUCCCGUGAGUCGGGAGAGGAACUGGAUGAACGCAGCUGUGCCGCGGGUGCCAGGCCCCCAGCCUCCCCUGAACCCUGCCAUGGCACCCCAUGCCCCCCAUACUGGGAGGCUGGUGAGUGGACAUCCUGCAGCCGCUCCUGUGGCCCCGGCACCCAGCACCGCCAGCUGCAGUGCCGGCAGGAAUUUGGUGGGGGUGGCUCCUCGGUGCCCCCGGAGCGCUGUGGACAUCUCCCCCGGCCCAACAUCACCCAGUCUUGCCAGCUGCGCCUCUGUGGCAAUUGGGAAGUUGGCUCUCCUUGGAGCCAGUGCUCCGUGCGGUGCGGCCGGGGCCAGAGAAGCCGGCAGGUUCGCUGUGUUGGGAACAAUGGUGAUGAAGUGAGCGAGCAGGAGUGUGCGUCAGGCCCCCCACAGCCCCCCAGCAGAGAGGCCUGUGACAUGGGGCCCUGUACUACCGCCUGGUUCCACAGCGACUGGAGCUCCAAGUGCUCAGCCGAGUGUGGGACGGGAAUCCAGCGGCGCUCUGUGGUCUGCCUUGGGAGUGGGGCAGCCCUCGGGCCGGGCCAGGGGGAAGCAGGAGCAGGAACUGGGCAGAGCUGUCCACCAGGAAGCCGGCCCCCUGACAUGCGCGCCUGCAGCCUGGGGCCCUGUGAGAGGACUUGGCGCUGGUACACAGGGCCCUGGGGUGAGUGUUCCUCUGAAUGUGGCUCCGGCACACAGCGUAGAGACAUUAUCUGUGUAUCCAAACUGGGGACGGAGUUCAACGUGACUUCUCCGAGCAACUGUUCUCACCUCCCCAGGCCCCCUGCCCUGCAGCCCUGUCAAGGGCAGGCCUGCCAGGACCGAUGGUUUUCCACGCCCUGGAGCCCAUGUUCUCGCUCCUGCCAAGGGGGUACGCAGACACGGGAGGUCCAGUGCCUGAGCGCCAACCAGACCCUCAGCACCCGAUGCCCUCCUCAACUGCAGCCCUCCAGGAAGCGCCCCUGUAACAGCCAACCCUGCAGCCAGCGCCCUGAUGAUCAAUGCAAGGACAGCUCUCCACAUUGCCCCCUGGUGGUACAGGCCCGGCUCUGCGUCUACCCCUACUACACAGCCACCUGUUGCCGCUCUUGCGCACAUGUCCUGGAGCGGUCUCCCCAGGAUCCCUCCUGAAAGGGGUCCGGGGCACCCUCACGGUUUUCUGUGCCACCAUCGGUCACCCAUUGAUCGGCCCACUCUGAACCCCCUGGCUCUCCAGCCUGUCCCAGUCUCAGCAGGGAUGUCCUCCAGGUGACAGAGGGUGGCAAGGUGACAGAAAGUGACUUUCAGGGCUGUGGUCAGGCCCAUGUGGUGGUGUGAUGGGUGUGUGCACAUAUGCCUCAGGUGUGCUUUUGGGACUGCAUGGAUAUGUGUGUGCUCAAACGUGUAUCACUUUUCAAAAAGAAGUUACACAGACUGAGAAGGGCAAGACCUGUUUCCCUGAGACUUUCCUAGGUGGAGAGGAAAGCAAGUCUGCAGUUCUUUGCUAAUCUGAGCUACUUAGAGUGUGGUCUCCCCACCAACUCCAGUUUUGUGCCCUAAGCCUCAUUUCUCAUGUUCAGACCUCACAUCUUCUAAGCUGCCCUGUGUCUCUGACCCCUUCUCAUUUGCCUAGUAUCUCUGCCCCUUCCUCCCUAAUUAGCUAGGGCUGGGGUCAGCCACUGCCAAUCCUGCCUUACCCAGAAAGGCAGGAGGAAAGAGACUGCCUCUCCAGAGCAAGGCCCAGCUGGGCAGAGGGUGAAAAAGAGAAAUGUGAGCAUGCGCCCCCCUCCCCCAGCCCCACUCCCUGCCUCCUGAAAUGGUUCCCACCCAGAACUAAUUUAUUUUUUAUUAAAGAUGGUCAUGACAAAUGAGAAACGGGCUAUUCCUUGUUGGCUACGGACCCCUCAGCAGUGUGAAGGCAGAAGGUAGGGUGGGCAGGGGAACAGCAUUAGAGCCCAGGAGGAGAGUUUGGGUCAGAGAAUCUCCGCCAGCCCCAGGACCUGCAGGCUGGUCAUGGGCCACUAGAGGUCACCAGUUCACCCAGUUGAGGUGUGGGGCGCUGGGUUCCAGAGCUGAGGGAACGGCUGCGCGGCCGCGGUGUGCUUUUUGGUGGGUCGAGUCUCUCUGGGAAGUCUCCGGGUAUCUGCGCCUUUCCGCUGGGACCUGAGCGAAGGGCAGUUGGCUUGUCGAAGCUCUUUUUUCCUGUUCCCUUUCUCUAGCCCUGCCGUACGCAUUUCCCUACGCUCUGGGGCUUCUCCUGGGAUGGGGAAAGGGAAGGGAUUCCUGCCCCAAGCCCUUCCCCUGGAAGAGGAGGAGCCCGGCCCGGCUCCGGGGCCCUGGGCAGGGCUGAGGGAGGAGCGGGGCAGCACUGGAUGUCCUGCCAAAGCCACAUUCCUCAGAGAUGGCUCAGCCUGGCCUCCUUCCUCCUCCUACUCGCUUCUCUCAAGGUAACUUGCUACAGGCGGCCUGAGAGGGGCAGGCCUUUGCCAUCAUAUCCUCUCCCAGACCCCUGCCAUUCGGAGACUGAGGCCGAGUCUCUCCUGGAAGCCGGGCUGCCCGGGAGGGGCGGUGCCGCAGGAGCGCCCCCGCUCGCAGCUCCACAAGCCCAGCUGAGCACAGCCGGGAAUACGGGGCCUGUGGAAACAGUGAACUCAGUGGCUGCUGUUUUCUGAGCACCUGGACACUGUGGGGGACCACAGAGUUGCCCGAGGCGGCAGGAUCUCCCCACACUCGCGGUCCCCCGCACAUCUUCCUGUUGCUUUGGGACUCGGGCUUUCUCUGGGUUGAAAGUGGCUGAGAAGGAAGAAUUUGGACAUCUUAAGAGGAGAGCGAGUGGGGAAGGAGGCAAAAGGGAAUGGAGAAGGAAGAUAAAACUGACGUCAGCCCAGGGCAGGGAGCGAGGAAAGGGGGCCACAAGGAAAGCCCAGUUCCAACAUCUCCGCUGAGCCUAAAGAGGCGUCAGCAGGGAAUCACAGAUGUGGGGGGCCAGGGAAACGGGAUCCGAGCCCGCCCAGUAGGUAUAGAAGGCCGAAGGCAGAGUCCUGAGACCAAGGGAGGGGUGGGGUGGAGGCUGGGGCCCUCCCAGCGAUUCCUGGAAGCCCAGAGCUGGGCGGCGCCGGCUCAGCUGACUUCCCCGAAGCUCCCCUCCCUCUGCUCAGGGCUGUUGCUAGGCAGGUUUGGCGUUUGCCCUGAGCCUGAGAACCAAUCGCACGUGGAGGUGCGGUCGCAGCCCCUCGCAGGGCUCCCCGGCUUCAGCACCCUUUCUCUUUCUGCCAGCCCCUGAGCUCCCUCUUGGCCUCCAGCCUCUGACCUCUCAGGAGGUGGGCUCUUAUCUGGGGGUCUGCUCCCUUUCGCCUCUUUAGAGCUAGGACUCAGUGCAUCCCCUAAGGAUUCCUUCCUCUGGUCACUGAGGUCAUUAUGGGGUCAAUGUGGAAGUUCUCAGGAAAGGGAACCCGACCCCAAGCAACCCCUUUUAUUGGCCCCUUAGAGGGGAGUAGUGUGGCCAGACACCUGUUCGCUGACCUCUGAAACCCUCUGGAGGGACUUGGGAGAGCAGAAGCUGCAGCCUAAGGGCAGAGGGAUGUGGGAGGGCCCCUGGGUUUGGUGUGCUAGUGGGAAUUUAGGGAAGGACUCAGAGGAACUGGACCCCUGAGAAUUGAGAUGAGGGUGGGGUAGUGAUAGGAACAAACUUGAUAUGCACAAGAGAGAUCAAGCAUGCAAAAGGCCUGCAAAUUGUUGAGGAUGCCUCCUUUCUGAGGGUGUGCUGGGGGAGGGGGUUGUGGUUUGAUUAUCAGUGACACUAGGGGUGAUCUGUGCUCUCACAAGUUCAGCUGGGUCAGGAUUCCUCUCCCCUCCCCCUCUCAGCUUCCCCAGGGUAAAUACCCACCCAAUUUAAGUUGCAGCUUUUGGACUAAAUUUAGCUCCUGGACUUCCCCAACCCCCAGGCCUCCCUGUAAGCAGGUGCUCACAGCUGCAGCGUGGGUCUGGUGGAGAGUUUGAACCUUCUCCUCACCUCCACUCA